AUGUCCUUCUCUGGCCAAACCCUCGCCCAGCAGGCCCAGAUAGUCGAGGCCAAGACGAAACAGAUCGUCAACGCCGAUCUGAAGGAGAUAUGUAGGAAGGAAGGCCUGGCAGUGUCUGGCGUGAAAGCGUCGCUUCAGUCUCGCAUCAUAACCUUGCUCAAGCAAUGCGCGGAAAAGGGCGACGUAGACCGCUUCAACCGAAUCCGAUAUCGAGUCUACAACCACGGCACCGAUCCACCGCCAGCCGGCGCUCCUGGAUCUGGCACUGCGCCAAUGAACCUCGUCCCUUCCAAUGGCCUCGCGCCGACCCUACCACCUCCGCCGUACACGAUGCCACCGAACGGCUACAGACCUGUCCAGGCGCAAGUUCCACCUCUACACCCGGGAUUCGCGAGUGCCAAUAUGUAUAACGUCCGGUUCUCGUUCAAGGAAAGUCCAUUCUACGAGCGACUACAGCCUCUACUGCAACCUAUUGAACUCACAGCUACGUCCAACCAUCGUAACUCGGCCCAGCGUAAUCUUGCUUUGCCUGCUGAUAUAGUUGAUCGGCUGAGAAGCGACGAAUCGUUGCGGAUCAUGCUCUAUUCCGCUCAGGAUCCGAUACUGGGCCCGUACGCAAAAGCGGAUGUCGCGUUUCCGACCCAACUAGAAGUGAAGAUCAAUGGAGAUGAGGUAAAAGCGAAUUUCAAAGGGCUCAAGAACAAGCCGGGAUCGACACGCCCAGUAGACAUCACAGACAGCGUCCGGAGGAUCACUGACUACAAAAACAUUCUAUAUGUCACCUACGCGCUCACAUCGAAGAAGUACGUUUUCGUCAUCUACCUCGUAAAAAAGCACUCGGUUGAGGAGCUUGUCGAGCGAAUACGGAGAGGCAGUAUUAUCACGAAGCAGACCGUCCUCAAUGAGAUGCGGAGUAAGGCCAAUGAUCCUGAUAUCGUGGCCGUGUCCACUGUCAUGUCCUUGAAAGAUCCUCUGGUCAUGUCGCGUAUCUCUCUGCCGUGCCGAUCCUCCGUCUGUACCCACAACCAGUGCUUCGAUGCGACGGCCUUCCUCCAACUGCAGGAGCAAGCCCCAACAUGGACAUGCCCCAUCUGCAACAAGACCGUUUCCUUCGAAGGUCUCGCGGUCGACCAAUAUGUUCAAGAGAUUCUACAGCAGACCUCGAGAUCCACAGACCAAGUGACCAUCGAGCCGGACGGAAAGUGGUCCACCGGCGCCUCCAUAAAUGUCUCAGCCAUCACCAACGGGACCUACAAAACUCAAGCCCCCGACCCCGACAGCGACGACGAUAUCGUCGAAGUUUCCGACUACCGCAUCAACAACAUCAAAGCCGAAGCAACCAACACCCCCAUCUCUCUCGCGCGCACGCCACCCAUGUCCUCACGCGAGCCCUCGAUGGUCAACUCCGCCGCGCCCCGCAGCGGCACCGGCUCAAAGCGCACACACGACGUUGUGGAUCUGACGCUCAGCGAUGAUGAAGACGACGAGCCCGUGCGGCCGAACAAACGCGUCGCGUACAGCACGCCCAAUUCGAACCCGGACCCGGUGCGUAAACCUUCCUUUGGGAAGCCGUCGCUCCUGCCUAAUAACUUUGCGAUGCCUGUAGGCGGGGUAGGUUUUCGAAUGCCGGGACCGCAGUCGCCGCAGCGUCCGCCGGGGAAUGUGAAUUUUGUGAUGGGACAGCCGCAGCCGCCACCGCAGCCUCAGCCUUACCCGCAGCAGCACCUACAGAGACCUCAGUUGGGGGAUCUGUGGCAUCGGAACAUUCUGGAUUACGGGAGUCCGCCGUAG